GAGGCGGGGCUAUGUGGAGCUGGGCAGCGGAGCGGGGUGGUUGGGACUGACCCUGCGGUGGGGCCAUGGAGAAGCCGAGAUCUCAGGGAGCUGCUGGCGGCGUUAGCGGAGAGUCAGGAGUAACCCGGCGAGUGCCCGGAAGCGUCAAUUUAGUCGACGCUGGCUCCGGGAUGGCCUCCGGGGAAGUCUUGGUUCAAGAGUCUGGGUCUUCCCUGCACUCUGAGGAAAUCAGUCCUACUUCAUGCCAGUCCCUCGUGGAAGUAACUGCCCUCAGCUCCGGGUCCAACCAGAGCCUUGGGGAAGCCCUAGGCCACCACCGUGAACCCUGCACCAACUGCGCACACAAUCCACCCUUUACUGGAGCUAGUGUUUCUGGGACGUGGAGCCUAGGGUCUGGAGCGACUGGGGUGUACAACUCAGGAUGCAGUUCGCAUUCUGGGACAUCUUGCCUGUAUCCCCCCAAAUCUCGUGAAAUCCGGGGCAUCCUUAAAAGCAGUUCCAACCCAAAGUCUAGAGACACUACUCAGGAGCGGAAGAAGUAUCAGCACUGGGAUGAAAUGAACAUUCUGGCCACCUACCACCCUCCUGACAAGAGCUAUGGACAUAAGAAGGUGGAUGAACCCAGCACCCCCUACUACAGGUUGCCGGACAGUGAUGAGGACCUGUCCCCGGAGUCCUCCGGCCCACUGACUCCUGAGAUGCUAACAGAAAGGUUGGCCACAAUGGACAAUUUCUACCCCAAGGUCCUCCGGUAUGGUGACAACAAAAAGCCAGAGUCUACAGACAACUUUGCUAAGACAUACUCCAGUGAUUUUGAGAAGCACCGCAAGGCACACUAUGAUGAAGGAAAAUUCUUCAGGGCUUCGAAAAAUCUGCCCUUGGACAGUAAGAAGAGCAGCGAGAGUAAUGUCAGUGUGGACAGUAGCAAUCAGGUUGUGAUGAGUCAGGACUCGGAGCCCAGGUCCGUGGAGAGAGAGUGGACAGGAGGACUGACCAGAGGAGUCAGAGACAGAGGAAUCCUGGCUGCCAAGAAUCACAUCCUAAAAAACAAAGAUUCUUCUGCCUUCAGAAAUCAGUCCCAAGAGCUAGCCACUGGCUUAUCGCAGAAGGAGUUUGAGCUGAAACGCAAGGAGUACUACAGUAAAGGAAGAUACCUGCGAUGCUGUGCUUACCCAGAGUUUGAGGACGACAUAGAAGAUCAGCAGCAGGACUAUGAAACCCUGCAGCUUGGAAGAACUAAGGAGGAAGAAGGCAGACCACGGAAAAUGUAGCCAGCUGGGGAUGUGCUGGGGACCUACUUUCCCCUGCCCUUACUGCCCUAGGGGUGAACAAUAAAGAGAAGAGCAGGAGUCUGAGUACUGUGAGUUGGGGCCUGCUCUGAAACACUGAGGAGAGGGGAGGAAGGCAGGGAAAUUCAGAGAGCUGACAGAACAGAGAAGAAAGCUUGGAACUGUCCAGGCAAUCAGAACCUGAUCCAGGAAGGCCUUGCUGAAGCAGCGUACAAUAAUUGGUAUGAUUUAGCUAUACAUUUGUCAGUAUUGGGCCAGAGUGAUAGUACAGUGGGUAGGACAUUUUGCCUUGCACACAGUUGACCUGGCUUCUAUCCCCGGCACCCCAUUUGGUCCCCAAGCCCAUUAGGAAUGAUUCCAAAGUGCAGAACCAGGAGUAAGCCAGAGCACUGCCAGGUGUGGCCCCAAAAUAAAAAAAUA